AUCUGAUAAAAAAAAAAAUAACAAUGUCACAUAUUAGAGCUACUGGCAUAACCAUAUAAUAAUCACUUCUCAAAUAAUUCGUCUGCUUGUUGAUUGGAAGCUUGUUGAGUCUUUAAACUUGUUUCUGAGUUUGUAUGAAUUUUUUAAAACAACCUAUCAUCGAUAAUGUUGAUCUGAAGAAACGAUAAACUUAAGACAUUCAUAAAAAAUGCAAUCACCAUCGGGAGUGUUGGUUGACUUACGAAACUUUUUGAAUGGGCUAUCGGGAUCUCCGUCUACCGCCAAGAACAAAACGGAAGUAGACAGUACUGAAGUGGUUAAGACAGCUACCAACUUGUUAAAAAACUUUCCUGCAGCUCGAGAAGCUGUUCUGUUCUAUUUCUGUCAAGUUAUUGAUGACUCAAUUAAGUUGCAUCUUACUCAAGCUCAAGCUCAAAACGAUAACCCAGCAGCCAAAAAGAGAUUGGCGGAAAAAGAAGAUGCAGUGGCAUUGAUACAUGAGGCUCUAUCAUCUCUCAUCAAGUGGAAUCCAAAAGGAUGGGCUCCCAUUAUAUCAACCUGGUCAUUAAGACUGCUUGGCCAAAUGUCAUCAUAUCAUGCACCACACCUACAGCUUGGCCGAGCAGACAGGGGUUUGAAUGAUACCUUGCAGGUUUGGUUGGCUUGUCCUGCCACCAGGAUGCUAAUUGAUCUGACGACUCAAUCUUUGGAAGAUCUUAAUCAAUCUGAGACUGGUGCAUGCAUCAAUGCACUAUUGGAGACAAGUGUGGAACACAGUCCUCAUUUUGAUUGGGUAGUGGCUCACAUUGGUGGAUGCUUUCCUCAUACUGUAGUUACAAGGAUCCUUGCCUGUGGCCUCCAAGACUUCAUACUUUAUGGCACAGAGUCAGGAAACAUUUCUCCAAAGCUCAAUUCAGUUGUUGGAAUAUUGGCUCAUCUUUCCUUCUCCCAUGCAACCAACAUCCAAAAAGCUGUUUUGGACCUCUUCCUGACAAGCUGUACUGAUAUGACUGAACAACACACAGCGGUCGUACCGUAUCUGCUUCAACUCUCCUCAUUAUCACAGGACCUUCUGGACAUCAUAGUGGAGCAAGGUGUCAAGGCCAUAAAUCCAGAAACUAUCCCUUCUUUCACGCAACAAGCAACUGUUUGGACUAGCAAAUAUUUUAGUGGACGGGAGGCUUUGAUCAAUCUAAUGGUCCAGCAAGUUGUUCGUUGCCGACAGGGCGGUUUGGCUAUAGUUAACGUCCUUCUUCAAUACGGAGCUCGCCAUCAAGCAAGUUUUCCACGAGAAGUUGCCUCCGAAUUUCUGGAAAUGCUAUUGAAUGAAGCAGCACAACUCGUCCAGGCUUCCGGUCGUGUCAUGCCGUCAGACGUUCCAUUUCUUCAGAGUCUGCAGCCCCACGUCAGUAAUCUGUGCCAAAUGUUGUUGACACACGACACCUGGCAACAAGGAAGCGUCUUGAGACUCUUGACAUUGAUGGCUCUCCUCCAAGGCCCUGCCGUUUCCAACCACGUUAUCACUUUACUUUUACAGAAGAAAGAUCCCCUGAAAAUUGUCUCGCUCAUCCGUUGCUAUCUGAAAUCUGUUCAAGGUUUACACAGUCAAGUAGUUAAUACUGCUAUUCACGAAGCGUUAACUUUUCAAGGGCGCAACUUGGAGAAUGCCCUUUUGAAUGUGCUUCAAUUGGUAAAGUUGGAACAGGUUGCAGAGGUAGGAGCCCAAGUAAAAUGUAAAUUCCAGUCGGCACUCAACGCCAAUUUGGAAUUCUUUCCCGGACUCUUCUUCCAAGAUGGUCAAAUUCCACAUUUAGCUGUUCGACUUUUAAACAGCAUCCGGCUUCCUGACGUGAUUCAUCCGCGACUCGUGGCUAAGCUAUCCUAUAGCAGCGUCCCGCACUUUUUCACAGUAUUGUCCAUGCGCGGAGAAGGCAACAAAAAGGAAGCGCAAAAGAUCCUAGCAACAUUAUCCAGUUAUCCGAAUGGCCAGGCCCUCAUCUUGCGGCUUCUAAUGCAGGGUGUCUUCAGUGAAGAAUGGAAAUCGUUGUUUGGUGCCGAGACUCAACCGCAGAAAAACCAGAAAGUAUCAUCUUCCUCCUCGCUUUUGAUGCAAAACAGGAAUUUUUGUUCCAGCGUGACUUUGCCUCAACGACAUUCGUCCGUCUUUCACGCUGGUAUAAUCGGAAACGGCAUCCGCAACCGCCAUCUGGCCAACGUCAAGGCAGAAAACUCCAAGGAUUGCAACGCCGAAGAAGUGCGAUCUCACACCAACCUCUUGCUCGACACUUUAAGUCAAUGUUGCUCUUUUAAUCCUGGAGGAAUGACCCAACUCUCUUUGCUGCUUGUGGAAAUCGUCUCGCCUGAUGUCAUGUUUAAUGGAUUAAUCUGGCCGGAGGAGGAGUACACUAAAGUGACGGUAGAGAGAGAUCUUCACGUUCGUCGCUUUGUGCAGGACAACGUCGUCGUUUGGGACCUUUUAAACUUACUAGCGCAAAACCGCCCGGCUUUAUGUUAUUGCUCUGUACUGCUGCGUGCUUUGUUGGCCACUUUGCUUUCCCAUUGGGCCAACUGCCAGGAAAAACAGGCAAAAGACAGUCGCGAUUCAUUGGAGAUGACUUGCAAGCUGAUUGAGCUGAUGGCAACCGGACAGCUCUUACCUCCUCCUCUUUCCUAUUUGUCAGAGAUUAUCUGCCACGUUUCACCGCACGAAGUCCAUGUCAUGCUGAAAGACGUCUGGGCUUUUAUGAGGGAUAAUGUACCGACACCCGCUCUUUUCGGAGCCAAUGAACGGCCCAGUCCAGGCUUAUGGCGUGACCUGUCAGACUUCAAAAUGGAUCCGCGCUAUACGGAGCGACUCCGCCUCAUCAUGCUUGCUAACAUAGCUUCGGUUGGCCAUCUUUACCCUCGUUUUCUCGCUCCCGAUCAAGACUAAGUAACAGUGUUUUAAGAGAGACUCCAAAUUGAAAUACAAGAAGGAUAUUUUUCAAA